AUGGCUGUCCUCGGCAAGCGCAAGGCUCCCGAGCCGACAAUAUCAUCAGAAGACGCACAGGAAAUCUUUCGGCGACACUUUGAGGCCCAGUUCCUCCCGCUGGAAGAGCAGGAAAAGAGCAAGGCGCAAAAGGUGCGGAGGAACGAAGAUGAGGACGAGGAAGAAGAUGAGGACGAUAGCGAUGGCAGCGGAGAAGAUGAAUGGGACGGCGUGUCGGGCGAUGAAAUAUCAGACGAAGACGACGACGAGUUGGACGAUGAUGACGAGGAGGAAGAGGACGAAGAUGACGCUCCCAUCAUCGAAGUGGUAGACCACUCCGCCCCGCAAAGCUCCAAAGCAAACACAAUGUCCAAACGCGAACUCAAAGCCUUCAUGUCCUCCCGCCCACCAGAUCAAACCUCCUCCUCCUCCUCCAACAAACCCGCACCCACACCAUCCUCCUCAAAAUCAUCUUCCUCCCUCCCCGAAGACGCCCCCUCCCUCCUCGCCCAGGACCUCGAGCUCCGCCGCCUCAUCUCCGAAUCCCACCUCCUCCAGACCAACCGCCCGCUCUCCCUCUCCGCCGCCCUGUCGACGACUUCUUCCGGCCCCGCCGAACCAAAGGCCUUUGCCUCGGGCCGCGUCCGCCAAAAGGCCCUCGACCUCCGUAUCCAGGCGCUCGGCUCGAAGAUGUCCAUCCACAAGCAGGAGAAGAUGCCCAUGCACAUGCGCAAGGGCAUCACUGCCGCUGCUGUGGAGAGGGAGGCUAAGCGCAGGCGUGAGGCUAAGGAGAGCGGCGUCAUCUUGGAAAGGGAAACGGGAAAGAAGAAGAAGAGAGAUAGGAGGGGUGGUGGUGGUGGUGAUGGUGGAGGAUUUGGGCCAGCGGUUGGAAGGCUCAAGGGCGCAGAGCUUCGGAUAAGCGAGAGAGACGUCAAGAAGAUUGAGGGGACGAGAGAUACGUUUGGCAGAAGAGGCGGGAAGGAUUCCGGAAGAAAGGGAGGGAAGAGGUAG